AUGUCAACUAUUACAAAACCUCGAGUACCGGAUGGUCUUCGAGAGUUAAUGAAAGAUCUUACACGGGAAAUUCUUAAGGAAAAGCCCACUGAUAUUUACGAUUUCGCAGAAAGCUAUUUCCAAUCUCGUCUGCCUGAGAAAGAAAAUUAUGUCGUAAAGAGUUUUGAAGAAAGUUCCGGAAAAUAUGAUUUCUCCUAUAUACAAAAUCCUCAACGUUAUCAGAUUCCUGUUGCUUUAGUGUACUCCAUUAUACCCGAAGGCCUUACGAAUCUUAUAAAAGAUCUAAUAAAAGCUGUUCUCAGGGAACAGCCAACAAAUUUAUGCGAUUUUGCAGUGGAAUAUUUUCGUCAUAUAAAAGCUGCUACAUGUAAGGAAUCACAAGCUGAGACGAAAGAAAUUAAUUAUUCGGCGUAUGAAAAGUAUUUUAUGAAUAAAGAACGUUUCCUCUUUACUCCAUAUGUAAAAUGUACUUGUGGCAGAACUCUCGGGGAAGCAUAUUCAAACAACAGUCAAAUUGAACAUUUAAUCGCUAUUCACAAAAUACAGAAUAAUGAUUCAACAUUUCUAUCGAAGUCCUUAGUGGUCGAUGAUUCCAAGAACAAUAAUAAUUUGAAUAAAAUUACUGAAAAUGACACAAUUUAUAACGAAAAGUAUAUGAAUUCCAUUUACAUAAUUCAAAGAUAUAUCCGUCGUUACUUGAAAGGAAAAAAAGACACAACAAAAACUAAUCAAGUUUCCCCCAACCACAAAACUUUCGACCAUCAUUCAGUGACUGCUAAACCAAUUAUAACGAAACAAUACGAACACACUUCUCAGAUUCCAAUCGUACCUCAACUGCAAUUAAAUCAAAAUGAAUCUGAAAAUAUUUCCGAAGACGCUUCGUAUAAUUCAGCAUCUACAGCUGUACUCUCCGCAUCGGAAUCGAGCCGUGAAACAUCUGAACCGAGUAUGUAUGAAAAGAUUGUUACAAAGACUAUAAUGGAAGAUAUAGAAAUGGAAAACGAUGAAAAAAAUAUUUCAAGUCAAUCUACCAGAAACCAUGUACAAGACGAUACAUCUACCAAGAACAAUGAAAAAGAAGGUGUCAGCAAUGUUAAUGAUGCAGAUGGAAGCAAAGAUUCCGCUAAAUCGUUGGAUUAUAUUAUGGACUCCCGAAAUGAAGAAUUUGAUUCUAAGGAAAUAGAAACUAUGAAAAAUCUUAACGAAUCUGGUGAAGCAAAUGAACAGCCAGUGGAAGAUAUAGAUAUUAAAGGUAAAACAAAUGUGGAAAGCAAAACUGAUAUUGAAGCAAUAAAUGCCGCAGUGUCCUCUAUUGAGACUGUGAAUGUAAAUUUAACACAACCUGAAAUAUUUAAUAUAAACAUUGAAAAAACUAAUGAAAAAACAUCAGAUAUCGGUGAAUUGCACAAAAUAUCUGUAGAUGUUCAUGAUGCUGAUAUUAAGAGCCAUGAUAAUGAUCUAAAGAAGGAUAAAUCUUUUUCAGAGCAUGAACUAAUUGCUGAAAAUAAAAUAACAGAACACGACAACAACUCCAAUGAGUCCACUGAGGCGGAUGACAAGGAAUUUAGUAAAGAAGUAGAUCAAGCAGACUUAACAGGCAGCUUUGGUAAUAAUAAUUUGGAAACAGUUGAUAAAUAUCCAAUGCUCGAAAAAACGAAAAUAACUGAAUUAUUAGAAAGUAUUAAAGAAAAAACAUCGGAUGAUAAUAAAUCUGAUAUAGAAACAAAUGAAGAAGAUAAUGAUGCAGAGAAAUUAUCAAAAGACUCAGAUAACAACGUUAAAAAAGAAGAUGUUGAUGAUUCAUUUAAUAAAAAAUUAAGUGAUUUUGAUCGACCAACUAAUGUUAAGGAAGAAAUGCCUACUCAAUUAGAUACAAAUAAUUCGGCAAGUACAAUUAUUGCUUCAAACCCAAAAUUCGAAGGCGACAUAAUGUUAGGAGAAACUAAGGAAGCAGAUCUCGGGAAUCUCGCCGACCAAAUGUUGAAGAGUAAGAAUGAUUUCGUAGAAAAAGCUCUUGAUAUGAAAUUAGAUAAAUCUAUAUUGAUUCAACCUAAAAAUAAUGAUGAUGGAAAAACUUCUGAAUCGACAAAAAAUGAUGAUGAAAUUAAAUUGGAAAACGAAAAAUUUAAAAUAGACGGAACAACAAUAACACAUAAAAUUGAUGAGAUAAUAACUGAGUCCGAAUUUGACAAAAAUGUUAAUAACACAAACAAAUUAGGAGAUGUUGCCUCGAAUAAACAGGAGACAUCUAGAGCAACUGCUGAAUAUGAAUUAAAUAAAAAUUCGGAUUUAACUGAUCAAACUCCACUACAACAAAAAACUGAUACAAGUAUUGUUGUGAGAGAAAAGUCGCCAACUAAAUCUAGUGAUUCAAAUGACAAGAAUUUAAUUGAAAAAUCUGAAAUUAUCUUAGAUAAAGGUAACUCCCCUAUUAUGUUAGAUAAAGAAAUGGAUUUAAAACAUGACAAAAAGUCAGAUGACACAAUCGAACUAAAUGAACUGGGUAAUAAACCUAUAUUAAUUCAACAAAAAAAUAAUGAUGAAGGGAAAACUUCCGAAUUAACAAAAACAGAUUUUGAAAAUGAAUCAGAAAAUGAAAAGUUUGAUACAGACGAAACAACAAUGACAAAUAAAACUGAUAAGAUAAUAACUGAGUCCGAAUUUGAUAAAAAUGUUAAUAAUGAAAACAAAUCAGAAGAUGUUGCCUCUAAUAAUCAGGAGACAUCCAGAGCAACAGCUGAAGAUGAAUUAAAUAAAAAUUCGGAUUUAACUGACCAAAAUUCACUACAAGAAAAAAAUACUACUAAUACAAAUAUCGCAGAAAUAGAAAAAGAAAUUAAUGAUGGAAAGAAAAUUGAUGUGGAAAAACAAGAUAGGAAUAUUGAAGAAUCUCAACGGAACGAACUUGCCGAUAGCACGAAUAAAAAUAUUUCAGUAGAUACAGAUGACAAAGUUCUAUCUGAAACAAAAAUGGAUGAAAAGUAUAGUAACCAAGGAGAAAAUGACCAAACUGAACUUAAAAUGCAAGAUAGCAAUACCCAGAAUUUAAUGAACUAUAAUAUAAACUUGAAUACAAAAUCUGAACAAAGUAUUGUAGAUACAGUUGAAAAACGCGCUAAGAAUGAACUGGAUAAUGAUUUAAAAAGAGUUUUCAAAUCAAAGUCAGAUGAAAUAAUGAAUAAUUCUGAUGAAAUCGGAAGCAAAGCAAAUGUUAACAUGAAUAAAUAUAACAGAACAAGUCAUACAUCAGAUGAAGCAAAUUACAACGAUAACAAAGUUGACAUUUCAAGCAAUCUAGAUAAUAAUGGAUUAAACACUGUUGAAGAGAAAUCUCUAAUUGAAUCCAAAAUUAAAGACGAAAUAACUGAUAUAAAUAAUCGGGGCAAUGUAAAAGAAAAUAUCACUUUAGUCGAGAAAAACACAAAUACAGAUGACAUGAAAUUCAACAAGGAGUUUAUUCAAACUGAAAUUGAAACUAAAGUUGUUCCGGACGAGUUAAAUGAAAUACUGGAAAACGAUAAGAAUCCAAAGAAACACGAAGUUGAUAAAAUAAUUGAAAGCUCUAUAGAAGUAGAUAAUAAUAAAAAAGUGGCUACAAGUGUUCAAGAACCUACUAAAGUUGAUUUAAAUGAAAAAACUAAAGAAUCCCUUAACAUGCAUAUGGAAAAAGAGUGUGAUAAUAAUAUGGGUGUUAAAGAAACAGAAAUUGAAAAUAGUGGAUAUAAUAAAAAUCUAGAAUGCAGUUUUAAAAUGGAUUUGGAUAAUAAUACUACUUCGAAGAAUGAAAAUAUUACUUUGACUUCAGAAAAUUUAACUCAGGAACAGCAAUCUGAAUCGAAUAUAGCAAAUGCUGCAAUUGAACCUACAAAUCAGAAAGAAACUAAGAUAAUUGAAAAUAAAAAAAAUAUUCAAACAGAUGUCGAAUCUAGUAGAAAUGACAAUGACAUUAAAACUGAAAAAUAUGUGACUACAGAUGAUCAAGAGCCUACCCACGUUGAUUUAAAUGAAAAAACUAUUGAAUCUCUUAACAUGAAUAUAGAAAAAGAUUCUGUAUCUGUUAAAGAUACAGAAAUUGACAAUAGUGAAUAUGGUAAAAAUCUAGAAGGCAGUUUUAAAACAUCUUUGGAUAAAAAUACUUCUUCGAUUGAGGAAAAUAUUAAUUUGACUUCAGAAAACUUAACUCAAAAACAUCAGUCUGAAUCAAAUUUAACAAAUACCGCAAUUGAACCUGAGAUAAUUCAAAAAGAAUAUAUCCAAACAGAAAUUGAAUCUCACAGAAAUGACAAUGAUUUUAAAACUGAAGAACAUGUGACUGCAAAUGUUCAAGAACCCAAUCAAGUUGAUUUAAAUGAAAAAACGAAUGAAUCUCUUAACAUGAAUAUAGAAAAAGAAUCUGAUAAUAAUGUGGGUGAUAUAGAGACAGAAAUUGACAACAGUGGAUAUGAUAAAAUAGCUUUGGAUAAAAAUACUACUUCGAUGGUUGAAAAUAUAAAUAUGACUUCAGAAAAUUUAACUCAAAAACAGCAAUCUGAAUCUAAUUUAACAAAUGCUGCAUUAGAACCUACAAAUCAGGAGGAAAUUAAUAUACUUCAAAAAGAAAAUAUACAAACAGAAGUCAAAUCUCGUAAAAAUGACACUGAUAUUAAAACUGAAGAAGAUGAUGUUAAUAAAACAAACGUUAUCUAUGAAAAUAGCAAGGAUAUUCCUGCUAUAAAAACUAAUUCUGAAUUACUAAUGGAACCAUCUGAUGAAAACUUACUUGAAUACAAAAAUAGUUCGACAAACUAUAUUUCUAGCGACUUGCAAAAUAAAAAUGUAGAUACAAAACCGGAACUACAAUUUAGAUCAAAUGAUGAUGAGUUCGAAUCACGAGUACAAAAUGAACUAAAUACACAUCUGCCUAAGACUUCACAAACCGAGCAAAAUGAAACUAAUUAUAAAGAAAAUAUUGAUCAAAAUGCCAAUUACAAUUUAGAUGAAAGUACUGCCAAGACAAAUUUAAAAGAUGAACUUUCUAAAAAAUUCACAGAAAACAAAAAUGAAACUGCUACCAGUGAUGCCUCUGAAGUAUCCAAAGAAAUUUCUCCAAGUAAAUUAGAAGAUAAGAGAGAUAAUAAAUUUGAGUCAGAUCUUAAAAUUGACCACACUUUAAAUAAAACUGAAAAAUUAACAGCUAUAAGUAAUUCAAAUUUAUUAAAAGAAUCUUCCCAAACGAAGUCGGACGAAAUUUGUAAUGAAUCUUGUGUUGAAAUUAUUAAGAAAUCAGAAACUGAUGAUAUCGUCAACACAACUAAUGCAAAUAAUAAGGAUAAGUUUUCAUCAGUUAUGCAAGAGACCAAGUUAGAUUCAUUUGAUGCUAAUUCUAUCAACAUAAGCAAUAAUAAAGAUGAAACAACCAAUAAUGAAAACGUGAAAACAAUCUUAAAAGAUUCCUCUAUAAAUGAUAGUAAUAUGACUGACGAGUUGAUUGAUAAAACUUUCACUUUGAAAUCUUCUGGAUCAAUAGAUAAUGAAGAGGUUAACAGGAAUCUAGUGGAAACAUUGCAAACUGAGUUGGAUAAAAAUAAGACUAAUGUUAAUGUUGAUAAUACCAUAGCUGAUGCACAUGUAACAGAGGAGAUUAUCACCAAAAACUGUGCACAAGAAACUCAAGCAGAAAAACAUUUAAAUGAAGGUAAAGAAACAACAACUAAUAUAAGAAAUAUUGAACCUAGUGAAAAUGAUAUAGAUGUUGGUACCGAUAAACAAACCACAGAUCCAGAUGAUAUAACAAGCUCUGAGAUCUCAAGCAAACAGCUAGUCGACAGUUCCGAAAAAUCAAUUAAUAGAGCUAAACAACCAACAAAAGAUGCAUCUUCCAUUUCGGAAAAUGAAAAUUACAUUAAAAGUGAGACAGUUAUCAGUGAUACUAAUGAACACUGUGACAAUAUUACGACUGAAAACCAGGAGUCGGUCUCGACUUCAAAUAAACAUCAGAAUACAAAUCUGUCUGAAGCUAUUAUUGAGAAAUGCGAUACUAAGCAUCCUGUAAGCGAGCUAUAUGGAACUGACACAGGCGCUUCUACCAAUUCAUUAUCAAUUGAGAAUGAACAAAGCCAACCAUUUGAAAUACAAUCAGACAUAUCAAAGCAAGAAAAAAGCAUUAAUGAUGAUUAUGAGCAGAAGGAGAUCAAGUCGAAUUCGUUUACAAAACGUGCAGAUGAAAGACGUAAUACAACAAACGAAUCAAAUUCUGGCGAAGAUCAGGAGUUAAUUGUGGAAAACAAAACUAAAUCGCAAGAACAGCAAUUAGGAAAUUUAGAUGUAGCAUACUCUGAUUCAAUAGAAGCAAAUGAUGGAAAUAUUGGAACAACCAAUUCUGCAGGUCAUGAACAAAAUAAUCAAGCAAACUCAGAUGUAAUAAAAGCAAAUUAUAAAGAUAUGGAUACCAUAAACUCUUCAGAUGAUACCGCAGGAAUUGUAACAGAUGAUCGAAUAAAUAAUACAUUACAACUGAAGAAUGAUUCUAAUACGUCCUUUUCUAAUGAUAUUAUCGAACAUGAAACUGAAACAAAACAGAUCCAAGAGCCACAAGAAAGUGAACCUGAAAUUGAAACUAAUAAGAGUUCUUUAGAGUUUUCAAAUAAUAAGCUGCAUUUAGAGGACAAGCCUUUAAAAGACUUAAACGAGGUUAAUCAAGAUAUUCAAACCAUUUCCAAAUACCAAGAAUCUUCUGAAGGGCACGAAAAGAAAUCUUCAAUAACACUUGAUACAAAUAUUGCUCAAAACGAUGAAGAAAAAACUAACUUUGACAUAAAAACUAGAAACUCUAUACAGAUUGAACAAGACUUAAAUGAUGAUCAAGGCGUUAGAGACAACCAUAAAGAAGAAAAUAAUCAAAAUACAGAAAUAAAUAUGGAUGAUUCAAAUUCUGAGUUAAUAGCAGAAAAGAGUUCCAAUCUAGAAGACAAUGUUAUAAAAACUAAUUCUAAUAAUGAAAAUAUUCAUGAUGAUAAGGAAAUCUCAAAAAUUUCCUUAAAGUCAGAAGAAAUUGAAACUCAUAAUGACGAAGACUUCAAUUCACAAUCGAGAAAUAAACGUGAGGUUGAAAAUGACCAAAAUAGUGAACAUAAAGACAGCAAUGAACUGAGCGAUACCAAACAAAUUAUUACAAUCCACGAUGAUGAUGAGUUAAAGCAAAUGAGCGGAGAAAAUCCAGUAUUAAGAUUGACUGAUGAAAAUGUUAUAGGUGAAAACGUACAUUCAAAUAAAGGAGAGACAAUACAACAAGAUUCCAUUGAAAAUAUAUCAGAUUCUAGUGAAGUAAAAACCCCUCUAAAUGUUUUGGAAAUUGAAACUCCUUCAGAACAAGACAGUGUUUCAACAGAUUAUAUUAAAACCUCAUCUGUAAAUGUCAACGACCAAGAAAUCAAUUCUCAAACAAUAUUUUCAGACAAUAAAUCCUUAGAUUUAAACAUGAAUAAACUUCAGAGUUCAGUUAGUGAUACUGAAGUAUCUAGUCUAGAUGUUCAUCAACAACAGUCCACACUUGAAAAUGAACAAAAUCCUGAAAAUGAGGUUAAUGCAGAAAAUCAGAAACAUACAGGGGCUUCUUCAAGUUUUCCCCUCGAAAAAGAAUCAAUUUACAAGGAAAAUCCUUCCAAUCUUAUAAAAUCUUCAUCAUCUAAUAAAUUAGAAGAUAAUCAACCUAAUAAAAUCGAAAAAGAAAAUGUUGAUCCAUCUACAGUGAAACACAUUGAAAAGAUUGAAAGUACAAGUAAUGAAAUUUCGAAUAUCCAACAAGAUGUCACUCUAGAUGGUACAUCCAAAGAUAAUACUUUAGAGAACAAUAGUAAUUAUGAACUGCUUUCAACAGAGGAAAUUCAGGAACAUCAGGAAAACGAAUCGAAUAAUAAAAUCGAAGCAAAAACAAGUAAUCUCAAUUCAAGUAUAGACCAAACAUUUCAUGGUGACCAAAAAGACAAAUUACAUACUGAAAACAUUAAUGAAAAUGAGACUGUACAUCAGUAUAAGGUCGAUAGAGAAAAUAUCAUAGAAGGAACACAGGCAGAUGCAAAGGAUAUUAAAACCGCAAAUGUCAAUGAAUCGAGUCAAGAAGAUUUCAAGCAAGAAAAUACUGUACAGAGAAAUACUAAUGUCACCGCUGAAACUACAAAUAAUGAAGAAACUACACAAAAUAUUGGCAUCCAAACUUCAGAAACUUUUAUUGGCAAUCAAAAUUUAACAAUUGGUAGAAUUAGAAAUUUUAACGAAGGUCUCCUUGGAAGUAUUUCUGGUCAACGUUUUGCUGAAACGCAUUUGAAAUCAUUUUGGAAGGAAUAUGUAAUGAAUAAUAGUAUGCCCCUAAGUCAAUAUGAUUAUAAAGAAAACGAACCGAAAGAGCAACCAGCAGCUGGAACAAGUCGACAACAAAAUAUGAAUCAAGUAAAUGAAACAAACUUAUCAGCUAAUAAAAGUGAAGAGCAAACCAUUGAUAUUAUUGAACCCGAAAUUAUUAAAGAAACCAUUAAACAAUCUGAAUCAUCACCUGUUAAGAAUGAAAAUAUUUCUACAGCAAAUAAUGAUUCAACUCCAUCUAAAGAUAUUGAACGUAUUCCAAGAUAUUUUUAUGGUGUACCUGACACAGAACCAAGUCAUAGUUCAAGUUGUUCAAAACGCAAGUCCUAUAAAGAACCAACUGCUUUUACAAUCGCGAUAGGCGAUUUAAACAAAAAACAUAACACGAAGAUAGCCAAAACAGUGGAGGGGCUAUCGCCUAAAUCUAAUAAAGACGUAGAAUGCCAAAAAAGCGAUAUUAAACACAAUUUAACAAAAUUUGACUUGUCUGACAAGGUAUAUGCAGAACCACUUUUGGAAUCCGAAACUCCGCCAAAGGUAUUUCAAGAUUUGAAUGAAUUUGAAUAUGAGAUUCAUGAUAUUGACUUGGAUAUCACCUAUACUAUUGACGAAAUCAUACGUCUGAAAAUCGAAAACGAUUCACAAAAUAAUUCCGAUGACAAUGAUGCAAAUGAAACUAGUGAAUAUUCUUUAACCCCUGAACCAAUGUUACAAACAAUUGUUGAACUUAGUGAAUCGGAAACACCAAAACCUCCGGAUCAAUUGCAUUCAAUUGAUGAUGAUUUUCUAGCCAAUUUGGAAAGAAUCAGCGAUACUACGAGUACAAGUUGGACAACUGGCUCCAAAGAAGACAAUUCUUUUAUUUCAGAUGAAUUUCUAGAUGAAAAAAGCCAAAGCGAAUAUAUAAAAUGA